GGAUGCCAGGCAGAUUCUCCCAUCAUGCUCAGCGCCCGCCCGCCCGUUUCCCACAGUACCACGGGGCACAGUGCCCACACUUUGAGUGCAAUAAUGGACGCGCAGUGGCGUCGCGGAGCACAGUGAGCAUGCGCAGUGCCCAUAUAGUCUCCACAGUAAUGGACUCGUAAGGGCGCCGCCGAGCGCGCUGCGCAUGCGCAACGCCCCCACUUUGCCCAUAGUAAUGGGCACUCGGCGGCGUCAGAGUCCAUGAUGCGCAUGCGCUGUGCCCACCCUUUUCCCAAAGUAAUGGACGUUUGUUGGCGCCGCUGUACUUAGUGCGCAUGCGCCUUGCCCCACACUGUACCCAUAGUAAUGGAGCGCGGGGGGGGUGUCGUAGCGCUCAGUGCGCAUGCGCGUUGCCCACACCUCGCCCAGAGUAAUGGAGGCCCCGCGGCGUCGCAGCUCUCACUGCGCAAGCGCCACGCCCCGUUUCCUCCUUUGUGCGCAAGCGCAGUGCGCACCACCGCCGGCCUCGGGGGCUGCGUCUCGGCUCGGAGCGGCCGCAGCUUUGGGUUGUUCUUGGAAAGGUUCGCUCCGCUCGUGAAUUCCUUCCACCUUGGCCUUCCCAACCCCUUUCUUUGGGGUCCUCCUCCCUCGCAGCUCGUUAAGACGCAGUUGGCUCUCCAGCGCUUGACCUCGGCCGCUCCCACCGCUCCGGGACCUCCUCAUGCCUGGUUGAACCCGGUCCUCCUCCAGAACGCCAUGUUCAACCCGAGAGGAACGUUACCUCCGCGGCCCCGCGGACCGAAUCCAUCGGGCACGAAGCCUCCUCCUGGAUCCCUUCGGGAAGGAGCCGUGGUGGGACUUCCGAGAAAGCCUUCGCCCGCGAUGCCUCAAGGGAUGUCGCAAAGAUUAUCCGCCUUGGAAACGGUUCCGUGGAGGGGAUCGCAACGGAUCAACGUGCGGGUGACCCUGCACCGGCCCGAUCCCCGGCAGGUGAAGAAGAAGACAAACCUCCACCAGGAGCAGAAAGGAGAACCUUGCGGCGGUCGCUGGGACGGCAGCUCCUGCUCCGCUGGACACAAACCGGCGUCCUCGGAGCCGAAUUCCAACCCCCAGAGCCGUUACACUCCGGAAAGCGCUUCCAGCAUUUUGGCGAGUUUCGGGUUGUCCAACGACGAUUUGGAGGAGCUCAGUCGUUACCCGGACGAUCAGUUGACGCCUGAGAACAUGCCGCUGAUCCUGAGGGAGAUCCGGGUCCGGAAGAUGGGUCACUCCUCCGGCUUGCGCGCUCCGAGACGAGGAGAAGAAAGCGGCGGUGGGGCGAGCGGCGCAGCGCCGAAGAGCAAAGUCAUCGAUUACGGCCACGCCAGUAAGUACGGUUACGCCGAGGAGCAUCUGGAGGUGCACGCCUACGAUCCCGAAGUGCCUACGGAGGAUCCUCUGGAAGCGGCGGGCUAUCGCCCCGAGGCGUCGAGCGGAGAGGACUUCCAAGGAGAGCCCAACGUGCCCAUGGGCGUCCCACCACCACCUCCUGCCGUGAGCUGCAACGCGGUCUUUCCAGUGGACGACUUAAUGAAACCCGCUGGUUUCCAGAACGGUUCCUCCACCUCUCGCUCCUUUUUCCCAACAACGGAACCUCCGGAAAAGCUGUCGGGAUUAUGCGCGGCACCCGCGGGGCUCCCUGUGGUCAAACCCAUCUCGCAGCCUCCGCUCCCUCCCGGGAUGCCGGCGCUGCUGCCGCUGCCUCUCCUUCCGCCGGUGCUGCUCCCGCCGCCGCCGCCGCCCGUCCUUCCGCCGGCGCCGCACCCGCCCUUCUCGGCGGGGCUCCUGGCGGCCAUCAGCUCCCACGAGAGGCUGCAGCGGGACGUCCCCCCGAGCCACCCCGGCGGGCAGAGCGGCGCCGGAGCGGCGCCCAAAGCUUUCCCGGAGGAGCCGUUGGAUUCUCCUUUCGGGAAAGCUUCGUGGCUCCCGGCGUUCCCCGAAGCCGAUGGGCAGAAGAGGAAGCGCGCGCCCACUCCGUCCAUGAUGAACGACUACUACGCCACUUCGCCGAGGAUCUUCCCGCACAUCUGCUCCCUCUGUAACAUCGAGUGCACUCAUAUGAAGUACUGGAUCCUCCACCAGAACAGCCCGUCGCACAUCGAGAGCUGCCGCCACCUGCGCCAACAGUAUCCGGACUGGAACCCGGAGUCGCACUCCUCCAAGAGAAACGCCGCGGACCGAAAGGAGAACCAGACGCCGCGACGCCGGUCCGGCUCCGCCAGCCCUCGCCGCUCCAGGCUCGGAUCUUCCAGUUAUGUCAUCCGUCGGUCACGAUCGAGAUCCAGGAGUCCCGGCCGAUUCCGGCCAACGAGGCCGAGAAGUCGAAGCCCGAGGCAGAUGCGCCGCUUUAGCCCCAGACACAGGUCCAGGUCCCCUCAGCGCUCCAGGAACCCGCUGAGAACCACUCCGCGCCCACAGAGGUCAUCCAGUAACGAUUGGUCCUCAAGGAGGUCAACGCGGUCCCAAGGUAAAAGGGGUGGGAAACGCUCCGAGAUGGCGGCUCUGGAGACCCUCCUCAAAAGUUUGGGCUUUGCCUUUGUAGCUGAGUUCAAUGAACAGAAAGGGCUUCGAGGAACCGAGCGAGGACCUUCGGGAUCGGGAAAGUCACCACCUUCUCCUGGACCUUUAGGGAAGGUGCCCGGAAAUGCGAAGAAGCCCCUGAAAACCGGUGUUUCUCCAAAGGCUUUGAAGAAGGACGACGUCGCUUUGCCGCCGUCGAGUUCUUCAUCUCCCGCAACCGAGGAUUUACUCCAAAGCAAAGAGGUGGAAGAGAACGAGGAAGAAGAAUCCAUGGGAACCCCCGGACCUUGUCCCGCUCCGUAUAACCGCCUGCUGCGGGAGGAGCUGCUGAGCCGCAGGACGGUCCUACGCAUCUCUGAGCUUCCCCAGGGCGGCUUUUCCGAUCAGGACAUUAAGAAGAUCGUCCAACCCUUCGGCAAAGUCAGCGAUCUCCUCGUCCUGCGCUCGCGGAAUGAGGCCUUCUUGGAGAUGAACUACAAAGAAGCCGUGGUGGCAGCGGUGGAGUACGGUGAAACUGUGCCGGUGUUGGUCAACGGGAAACGGGUGAAGAUCAGCGUAGCCGAGAGGCCCAAAGCCCCUCCUGGGCAGACCAAAACGAUCCUGAAGAAACGCUCUCCGACCACGAGAAGGGCCGCGCCGAGCGCUCCGAAGGAUCCCAACCCCACGGCCGCGGCCGCCGACGCCGCUCCAGGGAAAAAGGAGACGAAGGAAUCGGCAGUGAAGGGAGACACCGAAACCCAAACCCCCUCCAUUGCUGUGGCAGAAGCGGCCGUGGAUGAGGACCUUCCGACGUCAACUGGAGUGGAGACGGAACUUGAGGGAACGAAACCGAUGGAGACGCAGAGUGUGGUGGAAUGGGGUGGAGUUCCAGAGGAGACCGAGGCUGAAGGAGGGACGGACGCUGCGUCUGCCGAAGAGGUGGCAGCGCGGGAACCUCUGGUGGCGCUGGAGAUGGAAGACCUCGAUGGAGUUGGAAUCCAUGAAGGAGCUGUGGCAGCGCCUGCGGAGAGGGAGGAGACACUGGAGCCGCCCGGCAAGGACCCUGAAGACACGUGUGUGGUCCUCGUUUCAAACCUACCUGAGAAAGGUUACUCCGUCGAGGACGUUUCCAACCUGGCGAAGCCCUUUGGAGGUGUGAGGGACGUUCUCAUCGUUUCCUCCCACAAGAAGGCGUUUCUGGAGAUCCCCAGGAGCUCCGCCCAUGCCAUGGUCAGAUUUUACCGCUGUUUCCCGAUGUCUCUGGAUGGAAACCAACUCUGCGUGGCCACCACCGCCCGGUGCUCCUCCGUCAGCGAUGAGGAGGCGAUUUUCACGGCUCUGAUCCAGGAGUCCGACCCAAAGGUGGACACCGCGGGCGUGCGGCGGCGCUUCGUCCAUUUGGGGAAUUUGCCGGACGACGGUUACAGAGAACUCGAAGCCGUCUGCGUGGGGCUUCGCUUCGGCAAAGUGGACCAUUACGUUGUCCUGAAGAACAGAAAGAAGGCCAUCGUGCAGUUGGACAGCCCCGAGGCGGCGCGGUCCAUGCAGAGCUUCCUGCAGCGCUGUCCCUACCGGAUGGGCGACCACACGCUGACGUGCACCUUAUCGCCCCACCACCACUCCACCGCGCCUGAAGUUGGGAAGAAGGAAGUGAAGAAGGAGGAACCUCCUGGUGGAAGCUCUGAUUUGCCGGGAGCUCCGGAGGGAUCAGGAGCGGCGCAAAGAGCGGCUGCCGAUCCUCCGGCAGAGCCCCAGGGGCCAAAGGAAAGACCCCCUCCCAUCCCUAAGAUCCCGGAGGAGCUUCCAACGGCGCCCACAGAGCCCUCCGAGUCCCGUCUGGAUGGAGCAGUGAGGAGGGAAUCCGCUCCGGGACCACCAGAAACCUCUGUGGAGCCAUUGAACGCUGGAGUUGAAGCUACGGUGGUGUCCAUCAAAGCCGUUGAUACGGAAUGGUCUGAAGCGAAGUCAGAAGAGAUCCCACCACCGCUUUCCGGCGCGGAGGAGGAAGAGGUGGUUGGAGGGAACGUCGAAGCAAAGUGGUUUGGAUCCGUUUUUCCGUCGGCGUCGGAGCAGGAAGCUAUGGAGGAAGAUGAAGAGGUGUCUUCUCCGUCUGUUAGACCACCAGAAGGAUCGGCUGCUGUGGGCGAGGCUGAAGAUGCGCCGCCGGAUGGGGUUGUGAAGCUGGAAGGGUGGGAAUCAACCGGAACCAUCCCUGAAGUGGUUCCCCCGGCUUCUCCUGCGGCUUCCGUGGAGACGGCGUCACCUCCUGUCCCUCAACCAAGCAAGAAGUUGGAUUCUUCUGAAGAACCUCUGGUUUCUGGUGUGAAAACCAACCAGGAGGUGCCGCGAGGUGUAGCUCAGACGAUGGAGGAGAAACCCACGCUUGAAAGCGAGGUGGCCGCCGAGAAGAAACUGGACACGACUGGAGCAGAGACGGAGGUGGAACCUGAAGAGCCUCAGCUCCGAGGUGGAAGAGCAGAGGAGAAGCCCGAGAAGCUUUUGGUCAAGAGUGGGGUUGAGACGGAGACGAAGCUUGGAAAGUCCACGAUGGAGGUCGGGGCUGCUCUGGAGAACGUUGGGAGCGCCGUAAAGGAGAAUAAGGAAGGAAUUGAAGUCCAUCGGAAUGGAGGAGUGGGACAACCCGGAAAGGAGGAGACCUUCAAAGCGGUCCCGUUGAGCUCCUCCCUCUCGCUCAAGGAAUGUCCCUCUGUGGACAAAACCAUCUGGAAGGCGGUGCUGUGUCUUCCCGAUAUCUCCAAGUCGAGGUCUCCAUCGCAGAGGAAAGAGCCGGGAGCGGAGCAGAAGGCUCCGGCCAAGCCUGGGCCGCGAGGCCACGCGGCGGUGAAGAGGACAGCGCUGAAAGAAGAAGAAGAAGGAGAAGGAGAAGAAGAAGGAGGAGAAGGUCAUCUCCGAGGUGGGAGCGUCUGGUGGAGCGCGGGAGACGGCGUCAAAAGGCGAGCGAGCAGAAGUUGUGGUGUGGAUGGCAAGGGAGGAGGCGGUGGGAGGAGCUCAUCCCAGCAGGAGAAGGCCUGGCGAGCGCCGCCUAGGGCUAGUUCCAAACUAUCCCAAGAGGGACAGAGUAGAUCCACCACCGCGAAGAGGGACAACGGCGGCACUAAGGUUCCCGUGGCCACCAAGGCGGCGGCGGCUUCCAAAGGCGGCGCCGGCGCAAAGCACAAAGAGGAGGAAGAGCUGUUUCCCUUCAAGCUGGAUGAGUUCGUCACCGUGGAUGAGGUCAUCGAGGAGACCGAACCUCCGGUUAAAACCCGGCAGAAUCCACCGCGGGGAAGGAGAAAAGAUGGGGCCAAAGCCACGUCGUCUUCUGAGCCGUCUUCCAAGAGGAGGAAAGGGAAGAGCUCCGUCCCACGCCUCACCGAGAGCGACCUCUCCUUUGUCACCUUGGAUGAGAUCGGGGAGGAGGAGGACAUGGGGGUCGCUGGUUUAGAAGCUCUGGGUGACCCCCGAGGUCUCCUUGUGGUGGAUGAAGUGAUGGAAGAGGAAGAGCUGUUGGAAGCGGUGAAGGAUCCGCAGUCGCUCGUGACUUUGGAUGAGCUCUCGGAGCAGGAGGAGCUGAGUUUUCCCCACGAGGUCCCUCGGUCGCUGUUUGAGGAACAGGAUUUGAAAGCCCAACCGUUGGUCACCGUGGAUGAAAUCGGUGAAGUGGAAGAGCUUCCUCUGAGCCAACCGACGGAUUUGAUGGAGGAUGUCCUGACGGCCAAAGAGGACAAUAAAGCGGUGGGGGAAGAGUCUGGAGAUGGGGUUUCCUCCCAGGUUCUCGACGACCCCAGGUUCUUGACGUCACCUCUGGUGACGGUAGAUGAGCUCCAAGAGGACAACGAAGAUAACCCUCUGGAGGCUUUGGAUGAAGGCAACGAAGAGGACUUUCUGGCUGAUUUCAACCGUCUGAAAGAGGAGCUGAACUUCGUGACGGUGGAUGAAGUUGGAGAGGAGGACGAGGAAGAAGAAACCGCUUCCCUGGGGAAGAACGUCAGCGAGGAGGAAGACGACGAAGAUAUCGUUGCUGUUGCAGGACCAGAAGAAGAAGAAGAAGUCACUGCCGUUGCAGGAGCGGAAGAAGAAGAUAUCGUCGCUGUUGCGGGACCGGAGGAAAUGGAGAUCCUGGGAGAGAUGAGUCCAGGAGAAGACAUCGUUGCCAUCUCGAAGGCAAAAGGAGAGCCACCGGAGUCGGGAGAGAAAGAACCGGAGUCCGGGCAGAAGAAAACGGCUCCUUCAGAUGCACCGAAGCCCUCAAGUACCCAAAAAGGCUUGGAUUACCUCCUUCCCAAGGCCGGCUUCUUCUGCCAGAUCUGCUCGCUCUUCUACACCGAUGAGACGUCGGUGAAAAACCACUGCAAGACACCGCUUCAUCAGCAGAACUUGGAGAAGUUCAUGGCCGAGCAGAAGGACGCGGUCAACGCCGAGGAGGAGCGGAGCUCGAGGUGAUGAGGAGGAGGAAGGACCUCAUCGGCGCCUUCGGUUUUUGGGUCCACUUUACUUCCGCGCCUUUCGUUACGGUUCCCUUUGUGAUUCGGAUCGGGAAAGAAGCGUUGGAUUGAGCGGAGGAGAAAGAGACUUUGAGAAGCUCCGGGUGGUGGUUUGGAGCUCAGUGUCCAAGCGUUGGGCUUUGGAAGAGAGUCCUUUGGAAGAUGUUGAGAAGAAUUAAAGGUUCUUCCUGUAAAGUUCACCGAAGGGCUGUGGUUGCUCUGGGGUUGGUGGAGAUCCAACGGAGUCGUGGAUGGUCCAUCCCGGGAG